UCUAGGCGCGUGCACUGUGGCCACGCCUCCUCAUCAGCUGACACAGCGCGCGUGACACACUCUGAGCUCACUGACUUCCUAGAGAAAACUAAAGCGCGGACCGAAUCAUAGUAAAAGUAUGUGAAUUAACGGGUGUUUUUAAGGUGGGAUUUCAGGAGAGAUGCCGUCCAAUAAGAGUGUCUCAGAUGCCCCGAUCACACAGUUUGUGAACUGUAGGAUACUGAAGGACCACAAGCUGCAAUGGGAAGACCUGUGGGUUCGUGCGGGCAAGAUUUUGAACCCAGAGAAGCUGUUCUUCGAUGAGGAGGGGUUCGCCGAUCACAAAGUUGACUGCGAGAAUAAGAUCAUUGCGCCUGGAUUCAUAGAUGUACAGAUAAAUGGUGGAUAUGGCAUCGACUUCUCCCAGGCCAGCAGUGACAUCAGAGGGGGCGUGGCUGUGGUGGCCAAAAAGAUUCUUGAACAGGGCGUCACUUCCUUUUGCCCCACGCUCGUCACGUCUCCACCAGACAUAUACCAUAAGGUCAUUCCUGAGCUCAGAGAACAAGAUGGAGGCCCUGAAGGGGCAGGAGUUUUAGGUAUUCACCUGGAGGGGCCGUUCAUCAGUGAAGAGAAGAGAGGCGCUCACCCUCCGAAGUUCCUCCGCACGUUUAAAGCCGGCGGCGUGGCCGACCUGUUGGAGACCUACGGCCCCCUGGACAAUGUCGCAAUGGUAACACUCGCACCAGAACUGGCCAAUAGCGCGGCUGCAAUCCGUGAACUGUCAGGAAGGGGCAUAGCCGUGUCAUUAGGUCACUCCAUGGCCGAUCUCUCUCAGGCCGAAGAGGCUGUGCAGAAUGGAGCCACGUUCAUCACACACUUAUUCAAUGCCAUGUUGCCUUUUCAUCACCGGGACCCGGGCAUUGUGGGAUUGCUUACAAGUGAUCGUAUUCCACCCGGUCGGACUGUUUACUACGGUAUGAUCGCAGACGGGAUACACACACAUCCCGCAGCGCUGCGCAUCGCCCACAGAGCUCAUCCCGCAGGGUUGGUGUUGGUCACUGACGCUGUGACAGCGAUGGGUCUCCCUCCUGGCCGACACACACUCGGACAGCAGCAGAUCGACAUCCAGGGGCUUCACGCAUACGUCGCAGGCACUACAACUUUAAGUGGCAGCAUUGCGACCAUGGACAUGUGUGUGAGACACUUCAGAGAGGUAUCAGGUUGCACUGUUGAAGCGGCAUUAGAGGCGGCAUCUCUUCAUCCUGCUCAGAUGCUGGGCAUCAGUCACAGGAAGGGAACACUGGAGUACGGCACAGAUGCAGAUUUUGUAGUUCUUGACGACACACUGACAGUCAGAGAAACCUACAUUGCUGGACAGCAAGUCUGGAGGAAGUGACAUCAUCUGGAGGACUGUCUUCUGCCGGAAGAGUUUUUUUCUCUCUCUCUUUGGACUUGGAUCGCCAAAAAGACUAAAAAAUGCACAAACAUCUUUAUUUUUUCAUUUAAUUUCCUUGAUUAUUCCCUGAAUGUAAAAACUACUGCAUUUAAAUAAGCAUUAUAAUAUGAGAGUCUUCAUGCUCAUGUACUGUCACUGAAUGCAUCUUGGGGGACAUUAAAAAAAGAGCCAGAAUCAUUUCAUCACAUAUUGUGUAUAGAUGUGUGUUGCUGUAAAGUCAAACACAAAUCAAACUUGUUCAAAUGUGAAAAAUAUUGCAGUAAUAUAACAGACAUGUAUAUCAAUACUUCCAAUCUAAUUUAAUCAACUGAUUCCAAUGUGUUGUGAUUUUAAGGCACAUUUUUAAGGUCUUAUUUUUUUCAGUGUAUUUUUUCUUUACUGAUUUGUAUUUCUUGAGUCUGAAUGUGGAAGAUGCAUCUGUGAUAGAUGUAUUAAAGACAUCCAACUUACUACCACAA